AUGCAGUUACUGCUCCGCCGCGUCUGGGCUGCUGGGACUAGCCUCCAUGCAGGCCUCUCAGGCCUUCACCCGCGAGUACACUCCUUCAUCACAGCUGCUGAUGCAUCAUCUCGCAAUCGCUCCUUCAUCACAGCUGCUCAUGCAUCAUCUCGCAAUCACUCCUUCACCACAGCUGCUGAUACAUUAUUUCACGAUCGCGCUUCAGCAUAUCUCAAGCAUGCGUGUGAGUUGCUGAAGAUUAAAGCUCCAACUGGGAACGCCUAUGCCGUUGCACUAGCGCUGAAUGAUAAGGAUGCGGAGAAGGAGCUGCAGCUGCAGAAGAAGGAUGCGGAGAAGCAGCUGCAGCUGCAGACGAAGGAUGCGGAGAAGGAGCUGCAGCUGCAGAAGAAGGAUGCGGAGAAGCAGCUGCAGCUGCAGCUGCAGCUCCUGGAGAAAGAUCAUCAGAUUAUUGUCAACUACUACAAACGGCGAGUGGCAUACAUCACUCAGAGGUGUAGAGUUUGUUUGCCACCAUGGAAAGCUAUGGAUAUUAUUGCCAACAGCAAGGACGAGGAGAUCAACUCUGUACAGAAAGACUUGCCGCGGAAGGACUUGGGGCUGAUGAUGAAAAGAGAGCUUUCUAUGACUAAAGAGGAGAUCAGAUUUUUCAGCGAUGUUGCACACGUUUUCAAGAAGGAGGUGGACUUUUUCGACGACGUGUCAGCAGAAGAGGGAGAGCUGAUGGAAACUAAAUCUAUCCUGGAAAAAUAUAGGCGAAAAUCUGAGGACGACAGCGAGCCAAAGCCAUGA